GGCGGUCCGAGUCCAUCCGAAAAUCCGGCUCGUAAAGUGCUGUCCCCAAAACCCCAACCUCAAUCUGGGGGCAAAGCCGCGACCUCUCACCACGCCCCGUCUCCCAUCUCCGCCAGCCUCCCGCGCAGGCCAGGAUCCGACCACGAAGCCGGGCCGAGCGCAGCCGCGCCUUGCUGACAGGAGCUGGGCCUUGGCGCUCCCGGACAGGCCGCAGGGGGCGGGCCGGGCCCGGCGCAGGCGCCGCCGAAGGCUCGCGGCGGAGGGCAGCUGGGCCUGGGACGGCGGCUCCAUGCGCUGCCAGGUCUCGGUGCUGUAUUUCGCCCGGAGCGCGGAGCUGGCGGGGCUGCGCAGCGAGACCCUCUCGGUGCCACGGCAGAUCACCUCUCUGCAGCUCUGGGAGGAGAUCGUCAAGGCCCACCCCAGGCUUGCUGUCAUCCAGGAUCAAGUGGUUUUUGCUGUUCGCCAGGAAUACGUGCUUCUUGGAGAUCAGCUCCUGGUCCUUCAGCCUGGAGACGAGGUUGCCAUCAUCCCACCGAUUAGUGGAGGCUGAACCUGCCCAGAUUCUGUUGGCCUUUUUAGUGAGAUAUGGAUGAAACUGAAGAUGUGCCAAAAGAUUUUAUCAAGCUCAAGUCUGCAAAGCUCUCUGUAGAUGAAGUGUCAGAGCUGGUCGUUUCACCAUACUGUGGGGCAGUGUCUCUGUUCAUUGGUACUACAAGAAAUAAUUUUGAAGGGAAAAAAGUGAUUCACUUAGAAUAUGAAGCAUAUACUUCAAUGGCAGAGACUGAAA